AUGCUCGUCUCGCGAUUCUGCACACCGCUCGCUUUACUCCUAUCGUUGCCAUCAGCGGCCAUCGCCGCCGACCAAAUCAACUACAUCGACAACUCGAUUAUCGGAACACCAAAAGUGAUAUGCGCCGAGAAUGAUUUGGCAUUGGAUAUUGUGACGUCGAAGCCGUUCAAAGGCAACAUUUUUGUGAAAGGCCGCGCCAAAGACAAAUCGUGUCGGCAAUCGUACGCCAACAACGGCACCAACUCCUACUCAUUGCCGUUGGGCAAAUGCGGAAUGCAAAAAUUGCGAUCGGCGAACCCACGCGGCGUCAACUUCAUGGUGACCGUCAUCGUCUCGUUCCAUCCGGCCGGCUUCAUCACCAAGAACGAUCGCGCGUUUCACAUCAAAUGCUUCUACAUGGAGCCCGACGAGAUCGUCACACAGAACAUUGACGUCAGCAUGAUACCGACGACCGAAUUGUACGAGAGCAUGAACAUGCCCAAAUGCGAGUACUCGGUUCGUCGCGACGGUCCCAACGGGCCGACGCUGAACUACGCGAACGUCGGCGAGACGGUGUUCCACGUGUGGGAGUGCACGCCGACCGACAUGGGCAUGCUGGUGAAGAAGUGCUUCGUCACCAACGGCGACGGCGAGGAUCACGCCGUCGUCGACACCAACGGCUGCUCGACGGACCCGUUCCUACUGAGCGAUUUGAGCUAUGACGCGUCGCUGAUGCGAGCGCACGCUUCGAGUCAAGUGUUCAAAUACGCCGACUCGAACCAAUUGUACUUCACAUGUCAGAUUCGCCUGUGUCAGAAGCAGAUGGGAAUGUGCCAAGAGACAACGCCGCCGCAAUGCGGAACGUCGUCGUCAUCGUCGACCAGCGGAAAUCGAACAAAGCGCGAAUCCCGCGAUGACUAUGAGAUCGACGUCGCCACCGCCGAGUUCCUCAUUCUCGACUCGUCGGAUCGCGGCAUCAUCGCGCCGUCGUCGCCAUUCUGCAUCCCUCGCCUACUUUUGCCGAUGCUGCCCCUUCUAUUGAUCACCAUCAUUUCGCUGACGAUCGUCUCGACGACGCUUGUCAUCAGGAAGCAGCGAGAGAAGAAACAACUGAGCGUCGCGCACGAUUCGCGAUUCUUCUGA